CCCCAGAACGAAGUGAAAGCGAGAUCUUCUCAAAAUGCGUGUAUAAGGCCAUUUCAAAUCAGGCGUUUCGCCCAUACCUACUUGGUACUUUGUGUGCGAUCCAUAAUAAAUCUUCCUAACCGAUCAGAGGUGCAACCCUAUCUUGAAAUUGCUUUUCCACGUGAUUAUCUUUUUAUGAUAUCGUACAGCUACUUAGGAGUUACACAUCUGACUGAAGCCAAGUUUUCAAAAAGAGAACGAGACACAGCAAUCAUGAAUAACGGAGUCCCGCGAAAGACUAAGUUCCCCAUAGUCCUCGGUUCCGGAUUGUAUGGAAGCUAUGAGCGGUUUGAAGGCGCAAGAGUAAAGUCAGUAGAGGAUGCCAAAGUCUUAUUCGAUAUCUUUCAGUCACACGGUCACACCGAUAUAGAUACCGCACGAAUCUACUCUGCUGGAUCAUCCGAGGAGUACCUGGCGGCAGCCGACUGGAAGGCUCGAGGGCUCAAUGUUCGUGACAAACUAUAUCCAACAAAGGGAAAGCCAUUAGGUCAUCUGGGACCUGCCUAUAGUCUUGAGCCCGAGGAUGUGCGGAAAGGUUUGAUGGACUGCCUCGAAGCCUUGAAAACAGACAAGCUCGACCUUUUCAUUCUUUACGCCCCCGAUCGCAAGACACCUCUGGAGGAUACGUUGCGUGAGGUAAAUGCACUGCAUCAGGAGGGGUAUUUCAGCCGUCUCGGCAUUGCCAACUACAUGUCCUGGGAAGUGGCAAAGAUCUGCGAACUUUGCGACCGAUAUGGAUGGAUUAAACCCGUCAUCUACCAGAGCCUCUAUAACGUUCUCUCUCGUGUGAUAGAACCUGAGCUCAUUCCUUGUCUGCGCGCGUAUGGAUUGGCUUUGCAUACCGGUCAACCUCUGGCUGGUGGUUUUCUCACCUCCCGAUACACUCGCCAUUUUUCACCGACGGAACAUGAGGCUGGUUCUCGAUUUGAUCCAAAAUGCUUCCAUGGCAAGCACCACAGAUUCCGUUAUUGGAACGAUACAAAUUUUGAUGCUCUUGACAUGAUUCGUGAAGUAGCUAAGAAACACAAUGUUACUGAAGUUCAAUGCGCUAUGCGCUGGUUGAGUCAUCACAGCAUGUUGGACAAGGAUCGCGGUGAUGCUAUUAUUAUUUGUGGUGUAACCCCUGAACAGUUGAGAGAGGAUUUGGUAGCAUUAGAAGAAGGUCCCCUACCGGAGGAGGUCGUUCAAGUUUUGAAUGCAGCCUAUCUGAAAGUUCGGGGUCUUAUUGGGCCAUACAACCAUUAA